AUGGGAAUCUGUACAACCAAGAAGGAUGAAGUUCUUCCUGAGGAUUUAUAUCCCUGUGAUGACCAUGAUAAUGCUGAUGGAAACAAGAGUAUGGAGUAUUAUAAGAAGUUGCUGCUGUCUGUUGACUGCUCUGACUAUGAGGAUGAGAUAAGUAAGGAAGAAGAGAUGGUUGUUCUACCUACUAAAGCUGUUAAAAUGAUCAGUUCUUGUGGUCUGAAGAGGUCACUGAUUACUUCUCUAGAGGAGGUGGUUGAUACUGGAAAGCCUAAAAACACAAAGGUCAAGGAAGAAAGUGGUGAAAUAUCAGGUGUGUGCUGGAUUUGGUGGGGAAACAUACUCAUCAAUGGAAGGUGCUAUGUACGGGCUCCCAAGCUGCGCUACUCCUUCGAUGCUUUGAGGCUGCUCGACCAUCAUCGCGGGGAACUGCUUAGGAUCGCCUGGCGUGUUGAUGAUGAUGGGCCACGGUUCAACCACCCCCACUGGCCACUGGCCACUUGGCUAGCCGCGCCCUGCACUUGCCGCAAAAACACACACGUGCGCAUGGCUCCGUCUUUCCCUUCGUUGCCUCUCUUGGCCGUCCUUGUGAUCCUGUGCGCCACCAUGCCGGCGCUCCCUUCACCGUGUGGAGCCAUGCUCGAGAACGUCGUCGUCCAUGACCUGCUGAUGCUGGGCAGGUUCCACCGGUGGAUGUCCGCGCACAACCGCUCCUAUGCCGGCGCCAGAGAGAAGCUACGCCGCUUCGAGGUGUACCGCAGCAACAUGGAGUACAUCGACGCCGCCAACGCGGCCGGCGAGCUCGGCUACGAGCUCGGAGAGAACGAGUUCACCGACCUCACCCACGAGGAGUUCAUGGCGCGGUACACUGGAGGCGAAUUCGUCAACAACGAGGACGGCGAUUUUGUUGGUGACACGAUCAUCACCACUCUGGCCGGGGAUGUCCACGAGGGGCGUGAAACAAUGGAGGACGAGGAUAGCCUGGGGGUGGGACUUCCUGAAAGCUGGGAUUGGAACGAGCAGGGCUUUGUUACACCGGCUAAAAACCAACAGAAAUGCGGAGCUUGUUGGGCAUUUGCGGCAGUGGGAGCAGUUGAAAGCCAGCUGAAAAAGAAGACCGGGGAGCUACUGGAUCUAUCCGAGCAGGAGCUAGUCGACUGUGACUCGACACAAAAACCUGGCGGCUGCAAGGGUGGGAGUCCCUACAGGGCGUUUGAGUGGAUCAAGAGCAAGGGGGGCAUCAUGAAGGAGGCCGAGUACCCAUAUGAGGCACAGCAGGGGCAAUGCAGGACCAACGGGGACGCCAUCCGCAGGGGGAAGAUCUACCAGAUAGGGAUGAUGAAAUCAGAAGAAAGGUAUCUGCAGGAAGCCGUGUACAAGAGGGGCCCGACGGCCGUCGGCAUCGACUCGCGCGACCGCAAUCUGCAGCACUUCAAGAGCGGCAUCUACAAGGGGCCGUGUGGCACCGCACUGAACCACGGGGUGCUCGUGGUGGGAUACGGGGCCAGGGAUGGGGAGAAGUACUGGGUCGUCAAGAACUCUUGGGGGCAGACGUUUGGGGAGAAUGGCUUCUUCCUCGUGAGCAGGGGAGCCGAUGGAAAGGCCGGGCUGUGCGGUAUCGCCAUGAGAGCCGUCUACGCCCUCGUGUAGGGUAGCACACGCAACAUCAGCCCGGCAUGCAUGCAUGCAUGCAUGAGAUCGGUCGUCUUCUACAUCGACCUUGUCUUGGCAUGCAUGAUAUAUGCAUGGCUUGGCUUGUACGUGUUGCCGAACAAGAUGCGCCGCGUAUGUCUUCUUUUUUAUGUACUGCUAAGUGAAGAAUGACGUAGGGAGCCAUCGACCUCCCCUAGCGUGCGCGUGUGCCUUCUUUCAUGUAAACCAAUAUCUCCUCCUCGUAUGAAGGAGUCGUGUGUACGUCUAAUAAAUAAAUCAAUGAUGUCAAUUUGGUAGUACUUGUUUUUAUCUCA